AUGUCUACUCCAGCCCCCGCCCCUUCCCGCGAGGAGCGAGACACUAUAGCAACGAUAUCCCCGAACGAAGCAACCGAGCCAUUCCCUUCCCUCGACGACUCCCCAUCUCCAUCUCCAAAAUCUUAUAACAUCAACCCAGAGCCAGUCAGCAACGAAAACCGCACUCGAAGGGAGUCAACGACUUCGACGAUAACCGAGCGAUUGCGCAGCGCCUCCAAGAGUUUCCAAGAGUCGAACCCUCCGACUGGAAUGUGGCUGGCGACCGGUAACAUUGCAUCAUCAGUACCAUCACUCAGCGACAUUCGACGAGGCAGUUACGGCAGUGAAGGUUGGUCGGGCGAAGGACAAGUUCGAGAGAAGGAAAGACGAGAAAGCUUAACACGACGCGGAAGUUCUCAAUCAGAUCUACAACAAAAACGACGGACAAACUCAGGGUUCUCUAAUACCCCACGAAGCCCUGGUGGCUUGAUUGCAGAAAGUCUCCCUGAAGUCACGGAAACCGAGCAACAUAAUCUUCACGUUGUUCCAUCCGGUGUUCCAGUUGACAGUAUGGCGACGGUGACACUGAAGCCAGUCGGUAGCGAAGUGGCAUCUUCGAACGAAAAAAGGGUGGAGGAACGACAUAGCAGCGAUACGAAUUUGACUCCAAAUACCACAUCAUUUGGCAAAACGGAUCCAGCCUAUAGAACCGAGCCAUUCGAUAACGGAUACCAAUUUCCACCGAAACAUGAUUGGAAAGAAGCAUCAGUUAUAGGACUGAAAGCAGCCUGGAAGUUUACCAUCACACCUGUUGGAUUUCUCAUUGUUGUAUAUGGUCUCAAUGUUGUCGCGUGGGGUGGUAUGCUGUUUUUAUUGCUAUGCAACGCAUCCCCGGCCAUGUGUAAACCAACAUGUAACGAUAUUAACUCUCCCCGUCGAAUCUGGAUCGAAAUCGACUCUCAAAUCCUGAACGCGCUUUUCUGCGUGACUGGUUUUGGUACUAUUCCAUGGAGAUUCCGUGAUCUUUAUUAUCUUAUGCAAUACCGAAUUCAGAAGAAGGAAAUAGGUCUUCGAAGACUUGCCGGUAUCAACAGAGGUUGGCUCAGACUUCCUGGAUCUGAAGCGCUACCUGCAGAAUUUGGACCUGAAGAGGCGGAAAGCGGAGCUUACAACGUUCCAGAGAGCGCACUUGCUUUCCCAUCAAAGAAGCAAUCGAAUGCUCCACUGACUGGGAUUCGAGCACCGCCAACCAAGAUGUGGAAACUCGAUUUUGUUGUUUGGAGUAUGGUUUGGAACACGUUCCUCCAAGCAGUCCUCUCGGGCUUCAUGUGGGGAUUAAAUCGAUAUGAUAGACCCUCCUGGAGUACGGGCCUCUUCGUUGCAUUGGCAUGUAUGGUUGCCGCGGCUGGAGGCAUUAUGUCCUUUAUCGAAGGCAAACACGUCAAUGCCAUCGAAGGGGUUCCUAUUUCAGAUGCAGACAGGGAGAGGCUCGCUAGAGACCGCGAAGCCGGAAUCACUCACUAUAACAAUAUCAAGGACGCAAAGCCAAAGGAAAAGAAGGCAGAUGAAGAGAAGGGUCUCUUUAAGCGAAAGGCAAAAGCUGCCGAGAGUGUGCAGAUUGAGGAGAGUGCUAUUCGCGAAGGCACCACUCGGAUUUUGAAGUAG